AUGGCACCGAUCGCAGGGAAGCGACGACGAGUGGAGGAUGAGGUGCGGCCGAAGAAGAAGAUCAGAAAAUUCAAGAAGCAGGCAAGAUACCACAGCUCUUCAGAGGACGAGGAUGAAGAUGAAGAAUCUGCAGUCCCGAGACAGCAGAGGGCAUCAGAUGCGCCUAGAGUACAACCAAAGUUCUCUAUGAAGGCGGCGACCGUCUCGAAGCCUGAGACGAAGAUCGCAUCGAGACCGAAAUCGAUUUUGAAGCAAGCGCCGGCACCCAAGGAAGAAUCUGAGCCUGAAGAGGACGACGAUGACAAUGAAGAUGAUGAGGCAGAAGUCGACGAGCUCGAGAAGAACACCGCGCUUAAUGCAUUACAAGCAGAAGACAGCGAAGACGACGAGGUAAUGGAGGAAGAUGACGAGCCAGACCUCGAAGCAGGCUCAGACGAAGAAGAAGAGGAAGAGGACGAUGUCGACGACCUCCCCUCCGACAGCGAAGCAUCCAUGACGUCCUCGCAAGCCGCGCGAUCCAAAAAGAAGCGCAACGACCCCACCGCUUUCGCGACCAGCAUAUCCAAAAUCCUCGACACCAAACUCAGCACCGCAAAACGACAAGACCCUGUCCUCUCACGAAGUAAAUCCGCGGCGGAUGCGAACAAGUCGCUGGCAGAUUCGAAGCUUGAGCAGAAAGCUAGAGCGCAGAUUCGGGCGGAGAAGAAGCAGGCGCUGGAGAAGGGGAGGAUAAAGGAUGUGUUGGGACUACAGACGCCCAAUGUGGAUACUGGAGCGAUUAUGGAGCAGGAGAAGAGGCUGAAGAAGACGGCGCAGAGAGGUGUGGUGAGGCUGUUCAAUGCUGUGAGAGCAGCGCAGGUCAAGGCAGAGGAGGCCAUGAAAGAUGCCAGGGCGCAGGGAGUGGUGGGCAUGCAAAAGAGGGAAGAGAAAGUGAACGAGAUGUCGAAGCAAGGAUUUUUGGAUCUGAUAUCGGCUGGUGGAAAGCAGAAGGCCGUUGAAGCAGUAUGA